AUGAAGAUAUCUAAUACACCUGAAUUUGUAACAUAUUGUUGUUAUAUAUGUGGUCAAAGAUGUGGUCAAAUCAAAGAUGUAAUGGAGGUGUUCACUAACCCAGUGAGGGCACAUUUCUUAGAAGAUUAUGGUCAAGAAAACCUAUGGAAAACACCUCCUUUUGUUCAGGAAGUAUUCCAUGACGAAGAAGAACCUGAAAUCAAUGACACGAAUGCUCCAACUGUUACUGGGGUAAAAGUGGAAAUUCCUGCGAGUUCUAUUAUGCCCAUUAACAUUAAGCAGGAGGUUGUUAAGACUGAGAAAGAGGUAGAGGUGGUCCAGGAAAGUACAUCACUUCCUGCAGAACGUCCAAGAAAGGUGUUUACACCAGAGCAGGUUCGUGAGCAUAUAACAGGUCUCAGGCAGUGGGUUGGCCAGAGCAAAGCAAAGGUAGAAAAGAAUCAAGCUCUGGAACACUCGAUGAGUGAGAACUCGUGUCAACUAUGUGCAGUUGAAAAGCUCAGUUUUGAACCCCCACCUAUAUAUUUCACACCUUGUGGCGCUCGCAUCAACAGAAAUGCUAUGUUCUACACUGUUGGAACGGGUGAUACCCGACACUACUUUUGCAUUCCAUGCUAUAGUGAUUCCCGUGGAGACACUAUCAAUGUUGAUGGAACUAAUGUUUUGGAAAGCUAG